CCUCAAAAGUGUUAAUGGGAUCUUGCAGAGGGAGUUAUAAAGGCUUCAUAUUCGUUCAUUGCUCCAAGUUAACUUCACCUUAAUAAUGACAAACUCCAUUAAGGCAUGGGCUCAUGUUGACAACUGUGGAAUUGGUCCUAAAUAACUCCUUAAAUUGUUCUUUCAUUUACCAGUAACAGGUCCAAUUGGAUGUGGGCUAUACGAACCUAAGACUUUAUCUCCUGCUUGGGACAACGAUCAACUUACAUUCUCUAAUGCAUUCUUAAUUUCCACAAAGUGCCAAUAUAAAUCACAAACUAAAAGAGGGAACAUGUAAAUAAUAAUUACUUAUUUUAAAUUUGCAUAUUCUCCACCACUUAAUUAUCCUAAUAUACAGGAGUCAAAUGCGAAGAACAUAUCUAAACUUCAUAUUUGUUUUAAAGUGACAAGGUCACCGUGUACAAGUUGUUUCUAUCAUUAGCAUAUUUGUCAGCAAACUUCAGAACAAAAUACGAAAAUAGAAAUAACAACUAUCAUCAACAAACUCAAUCGGAUGCAUUAGUCCAGAUUUAGCCUCACAAUAUGUGGCUUACAGUCGUGUUAGAAACACAGAAAAGUACUAUAAAUAUGCUAGAAUAAUUCAUAAGCAAAUCACCUCCCCUGUUCUUUUUCUCAGUUUCUGUUCUUUUCUCAGUUCUAAAGAAAAGAAAUACAGGAACUGAGAAAAGAACUUGGGGGGUGAAAUUAUUAAUUCUAACAGGACAGGCAUUAAUAACUUUCAUACUGCAACAUUACUCCCUCUUCAGCCAUGAGUAUCAACGUAUCUUUCUUCCUUGUUCUUAUGAUGGGCUCAUUGUUUCUCCUUUCUUGCGAGGCACAAGAUCUUAAGGCUUGCAAGUUUGACGCAAUAUAUCAACUGGGUGAUUCAAUCUCGGAUACAGGAAAUUCCAUAGUGGAAAUUCCUCCAGCUUUUCACAGUCGCUUGCCUUACGGCGAAACGAUUGGUAAAGCAACGGGUAGACCAUCAGAUGGAUAUCUAAUGAUCGAUUUUAUAGCACAAUCUGCUGGUCUUCCAUUUCUUGAACCUUAUGAAAAUCCGAAUUCGAAAUUCACUCACGGAGCAGAUUUUUCAGUCGCUGGUGCCAGAGCUAUGUCUGCGGAAGAUCUAUUGAAAUUAAAUCUUGAUGUUGGAUUCACUAACAGUUCUCUUAGUGUACAACUUGGAUGGCUUAAAAAGGUUCUAUCAACUGUCUGCAACGGCCCUAAAGAUUGUCAGGAGAAACUCAAAUCAUCCCUCUUUAUGGUCGGGCUUAUUGGACCAAAUGAUCUUAUGGCUGGACUGUUUAAAGGUGACGGCAUUGAGAAAGUAAAGACAACUGUGCUACCUGCAGUUCUGCAAACCGUUAUAGAUGGUGUCCAAACUGUUAUAAGCUAUGGUGCUAGCCGAGUCGUCGUCCCUGGAGCCUACCCAUUAGGUUGUACGCCAAGCUUACUAACAACAUAUUCAGUAAACAAGUCUGCUGCGUACGAUUCACUCGGUUGCUUAAAGGAUUAUAAUGACUUUUUCGCGUAUUAUAAUACCCAGCUCCAAAUAGCUCUUGAGAAUUCAAGAAAAGCAAAUCCAAAUGUAAUCAUUAUUUACAGUGACUUUUACAGUGCGACCCAGUCGAUUUUGGAUAAUCUUUCAACUCUUGGAUUUAAAGCAUUUAGAAAGGCUUGUUGCGGGAUUGGAGGUGAGUUUAAUUUCACCCCUACAAUGCAAAAGACAUGCGGAGCUAAAGGUGUACCAGUUUGUCCAAAUCCUAAGGAACAUGUGUUUUGGGAUGGAGGACACUUCAGUCAUCAUGCAAACAUGGUAUUAGCAGAGUGGCUGAUUAAGGAAAUGUUGCCUCAACUUCAUUGUAGUGCUUGACAAAUUAUGGCAUAUGUUAUCCUUCUAAUGUAACAUAUCUGUAAUUCAUCAAUAUAUAUAUAUAUAUUUUUAUCA